AUCACACGAGCAUCCAAACCUAUCAGACUAAAUUCUGCUUCCAGCAUUUGCUUGUAUUUACAUAUCAAGAAAACAUCCAAGACAGUAACCAUGAUGACAACUUUUGGAGCUUUCCUCCUAGUCGUUUCUUUUAUUGCCUGCAUUUUCACUGUGGCUGGUGGCAGUAUCAUGAAAAAUGUCGGAAUGGACCCUGGUGUCCAGUACGAAUUAAGUGACACUAGACGAGACUUGGCGAAUUAUAUCUACCCUGGGACCAAGUGGUGCGGGAAAGGAGACGCAGCGGAAAGCGAGGAUGACCUAGGAUUGUACGAAGAAGAAGACAAAUGCUGCCGACAACACGACCACUGCGAGAGAUACAUCGAAUCCUUUCGCACUGGCUUCAACACAUUCAACCCUUUUCCAUACACGCUAAGUGACUGCAACUGCGACGAAGAGUUCCUGAACUGCCUCAAAGGACUGGAUACAACUGUGGGUCGAGACAUCGGGCAGAUUUAUUUCUCGGAAUUACAAGUUCCUUGCUUAAAUUUCGAUUUAGAAGAUGUGUGUGCAGAGAAAGGUUUUCUCGGUCUCUCUUGUCUUAGAACAAAAAAAGAAUUAAAGGCUAAUUUUGACAAUAGUUUCAGUGGCGCGUUUUGAUAAUAGAUGACAUAUUUUAAAAUGUACUGCUUUUUUUUGCUGCUUUUCAUCUCUGCCGGAUAUUGUACUGUAUGAAGGAACUGAAAUAUCGGGAAUUAUACCAAAACACGUAAACACAUAAACAUGUUGAAAACGUUUUGCGUUGCUCGUCCAACAGAGCGUCGUGUUGUGUAUCAACAUGCUUCGUCACACAUUAUUUUUUCGUUUCAAAAGUCCCAUGUAGAGCGUUUUGAACAUUCGGUAUAGUAGCACAUCUUUUCGAUAUUCGGUUAGCUUCAAGUAAUUUUUCGAUUGAUUUUUGUUUAAACACUAAUUUUUUUCUAUUUCUGUACUGUUCUUAUACGUCACACAUGUCUAUGCAAUGCCAAUAAAUACGUUGCUAUAGCAAUAAAA